GUCAGGGAGAGGUUGAAAAUGUCAUUUAGAUUUCGAAAAGAGACCAACAAUGCAGCCAUCCUGAUGAAAAUUGAAAUGGAGAAACAGCUUGUGAUCCUGGAGGAAGAGUAUGAGGACAUCUCCCUGGAUGACCUGAGGAAUGAACUUCCAGAGCGGCAGCCAAGAUUCAUUGUUUACAGCUACAAAUACGUCCAUACAGAUGGCAGGGUGUCCUACCCGCUGUGUUUCAUAUUCUCAAGUCCAGUGGGGUGCAAGCCUGAGCAGCAAAUGAUGUACGCAGGCAGCAAGAACCAACUGGUCUCCGCAGCAGAGCUCAAAGGUCAGGACUAUUUUCUGUUUCAGGUUUUUGAGACGCGAAACAUAGACGACUUGUCUGAAGAGUGGCUGAUAAACAAACUGUCUUUCUUUCGCUGA